UCACUCUUUUCUUCAUCCACUGACAACAUGUCGACGUUCUUCUCUAAACAACCAGAUGCUGUUGCUUCCUCUCCUCUCGACAACACCGCCAAGGACGACUCGACCCCAUCUGAUAUCGAUCAUGGGAAUGGCUCUCUGUAUCAUGUAAAACAGGCGAAACGCCAGAUCGGCGUCACGUCUGCCGUCUUCCUCAUAUUCAAUCGAAUGAUUGGAACCGGUAUCUUCGCGACGCCCAGCGCCAUCUUCUCCCUCUCUGGCAGUGUCGGCCUUUCGCUCUUCAUAUGGGUUGCCGGUAUGCUCAUCGCAGCUGCCGGUAUGGCCGUCUACCUCGAGUUUGGCACUGCGAUCCCACGUAACGGUGGCGAGAAGAACUACCUUGAAUAUGUCUACCGACGACCAAAGUUCCUCGUCACUGCCCUCUAUACGGGAUAUGUCGUGCUGCUCGGAUGGGCUGGCUCCAACUCGGUCGUCUUCGGAGAGUACAUCCUUCACGCUGCCAAUAUCGAGGUCAACCGCUGGAACCAGCGUGGCAUUGGUCUUGCCUGUAUCACUGCUGCCUUCCUCAUCCACGGCACGGCCCUGAAAUGGGGUCUUAGGCUCCAGAACCUGCUCGGCAUCAUCAAACUCUUGAUCAUCCUCCUCAUCGUCGUAUCUGGCUGGGCCGCCCUAGGCGGAGCACUACGCAUCGACAAGCCCCACAACUUUGACAAUGCCUUCGAGGGCACAACAGGUAGCGCCUACGGAGUCGUGACAGCGCUAUACAAUGUCAUCUGGAGUUACAUUGGCUACUCGAACGCGAACUACGCACUCUCGGAGACACGCAACCCAGUCCGCACACUCAAGAUCGCGGCACCACUCGCUUUAGGCUCGGUCGCUAUCCUCUACAUGCUCGUCAAUAUCGCCUACUUCGCCGCCGUCCCUGCCGAGGAACUCCUGAGCUCCAAACGCCUCGUCGCGGCCUCCCUCUUCCGCAACGUCUUCGGCCCCACCGCCGAACGCGCCCUCUCCGUCUUCGUCGCCCUCUCAGCCUUCGGAAACGUCCUCAGCGUCAUCUUCUCUCAGGGCCGUCUGGUGCAGGAACUGGGCCGCGAAGGCAUCCUCCCAUUCAGCCGCCUUUGGGCCAGCAACCGCCCCUUCAACGCACCCCUCGCGGGUCUCUUCGAGCACUGGCUCGUGUCCGUCGUCAUCAUGCUCGCCCCACCUCCCGGCGAUGCCUACAAUUUCAUCCUAAACGUCAUCUCGUACCCGCUCGCCGUCGUCAACGUGUUCGUCGCUGCCGCCCUCGUCCACCUCUACCUCAACCGUCGCGCGUGGAACUGGAACCCUCCCAUCAGCGCUACGCUCCCCGUCGUUGUUUUCUUCCUGCUCAGCAACAUCUACCUCGUCGUUGCGCCGUUCGUUCCACCUGAGGAUGGCAAUAGCGUGUAUGAGACUCUGCCGUACUAUCUGCACUGUCUUGUCGGUAUUGCGAUUAUCCUGGCCGGAGGCGUGUAUUGGGUUAUUUGGGCUGUUGUGUUACCGAAAUUGGGUGGGUAUCGGUUGGAGAGGGAGGAGGUUGUUGAUAAUAUUGACGGGUGGGAGAGGCAUGUUUUCAAGCGGGUUCCUAUCUAAAAGAGAGAGAGAGAGAGAGAGAUUUUUGUUUGUAUGAUACCCUUUUAUCCAACCUUUCUUCGAGGUUGAAGCUCUGUUCAAAUUAGAUUUUGGUUCGUAAAUGUUCGGAAGAUCAGUGGAAGUGUUGUUGUGAUACGAAUAACC